AUGUCUCUUCCAAACGCCAUUGUGACAUGGCAGUGCCCAAACCGGCCGUUUUCCGUGGUGGAGGUUCUUCAAAGUUGCCCGAAUCUUCUUGAUUACCUUUGCGAGACAUCUUGCACAGAAGCGAUGCGGCGACCGCCAAGUCCACACCGGAAGCUGUUUAUUCUUUUUCCGGGCAAUCCGGGCUUAGUGCAUUUCUACGAACGUUUUGUGGAACUCAUGACUUUACGACGUUUAGACGUUCUUGUGAUGGGCUUUGCCGGUCACAGUUUUGUCGACCAAAAUAACGGUAGGGUAUUUGAUUUACAGGAUCAGGUAGAAACGGCGGAGCAUUUUUUGCGAGCCGUUCUUACUCCAUAUACGCAGAAAUGGUAUGGAAAACACAUUUACAUUGGUGGCCACAGUAUUGGAGCCUUUGUUGCAAUGCAGAUGUUAACGCGUUUUCCAUGCAUAAAACGUUGUUUUUCCCUUUGUGGUUUACUUUCAAAUGCGCAGAAUUCCCCGAAUGGAAAACGUCUUUUUUUUCUCUUUAGUCAUGCGGUGAUAUACGGUUUAUUUACGUACUGUGUGAUGUUGCUGUUACUUAUGCCUAAGGCGGUGGUUUCAAUGUUUUUGCGUUGGUACGCGCCUUCUGUAAGUCCGCCUCUUCGGAGACUAAUGACGCGACACUUGAACCCAAAUAUUCUCUGGAAUUGUUUUUUUAUGGCCAGGCAGGAGUUACGUCAGGUACGUGAAAUUGACAGACCACUUAUGAAGGCCGUGGAGGAUCGCAUGGUGUUCUUCUACGUCACAAGCGACAGGUGGGCACCGCCGCAGCAUGCGCAGGAGGUGAAGGUUGCCUGUGAGGGUCACGCCGGCUUUGUGAUGGAGACGGAUCCCAAUGUUCCUCACUCGUGGUGUCUUGACCACAAUGAACUUGUAGUUGAGCGAGGAGUGAUGCCUUUUCUGUGA